AUGGAUGACCUCCCUUAUACGACCCCUGAAGAGGACCCGUUCAGCCCUCAACCCCUGCGUCCCCGACGGAGGCGGUCGAGUAUGUUGGAUAAAUGGAUACAAGAGCAGCAAAGGUCUUCUGUGGCUAGUUCGAGUGGGCAUACUCAAGACCUCCCGAACGACGGGAAUCUCCGUUUAAACCCGUAUCUUGCCUAUCCGGAUUUAUCUCAGCACCCAAAUCCUGUCCCUGGUCCUUGCCAAUCAGCAGCGACUUUGGACAGCUACGACGUGGUCGAUGAGGAAGAUCUCGCUCAGGCUCGAGAGGAAUCGGCCGAGAUACAGCAAAACGGAACGCCCUCAACUCCACUGUCUACAAAAAGAUCUACUUUUCUUGGCUCUCCUUCCUCUACCCUUCGACAUCUCCAUAUUUCACUCCGUCCAAGUACCCCCAAUCGACAAUCUCCCUCGCGAAUACCUUUUCUAGGUUUCGGGACGCCAACCGGAAGAAACCAUAUGCCAAAACAGCACAACAGGUCAUCUAGCCUGUCUACUCUCAACACUUCAACAGCAGCAACUUCGAUACCUGAUUUAUCCCCUCCCACAAGAUGGCGUCCCAGUGUUUUGGGUUUCUUUUCAUCACCGACUACUUCACAAGUCUCUGUGCUACAGUCUGACACCCUGUGUGCCCCAUCUCGGCCCAGCAUGUCUUCGAGCAACACUGCAACCACAACCAAUUCCCAUUCAACGGUUGUUGCAAGCGAAGAGCACAACCCGCCCUCGACACACUAUAAACCACAGGCAUCAAAGACUCUGGUCUCUUCUAUUCGCUUGCGCCGCCGUUCUCAUGGCAAUCUAAAGAACACCUCUUCCGAUAACUUCGGCACUUCCAGCCCUCAGAAAGCUAGCAGUCUGAGAGUUCCUUUCGCUACCAAGGGAGGCUCGCUCGUGACAGGGAAUCUUCCCACAAACGAUCUCUUGGAGGAUGAUGAAGACGAGGACGAUGAAGAAUGCUACGCCACAACCAGGCCGGGACUUACACGCCCCCAAAUAGCGUUUGCCGCGUCAACCAAAACCAUUCCGCGCGUUUCAUUUGCCUCAUUGAGCUCCCGGAAUCAGAAGAAGAAGAAACUUGUCGUAAGUGGCAUCGCUACCAACGAUGUUCGCAAAUUCGAAGGUGCUAAGCGCUGGUGCGAGAGUUUCGGCGAAGUGAGCCAGAUAGUCAGAAUGCCGAAUGGUGACCUUCACGUGCACUUCAGAAGUGCAGAAGUAGCAGACACAGUUUGCCGGUUGCGUGCCAAAGUAUACAUUGCUGGCGUCGGCAGCGUAAACCUCUCCUGGUACACCGGAAACAAGCGAUAG